AUGCAGCCUUUUCACACGAUUAUUGUUUUAUUCUCGCUUUCUUGCGUUGUAUUAUCGCAGAAUACGCAAAAUAUUAACGUUUUGCUCGUCAAUGAGGAAAAUAAUGCACUGGCUGAGAAAGCUUUUGAAGUGGCGAAGGAGUAUGUCAGACGUAAUCCAAGCCUGGGCUUGGCUAUAGAUCCGGUUAUAGUCGUCGGUAAUCGUUCCGAUGCAAAGGCAUUCUUAGAAAAUGUUUGCAGAAAGUAUAAUGGUAUGCUAUCCGAAAAGAGGGAACCCCACGUGAUUCUCGAUUUUACAAUUACCGGUGUUGGUUCUGAAACCAUAAAGUCAUUUACGGCUGCUCUGGCCUUGCCGACUAUUUCUGGAUCGUUUGGUCAAGUUGGUGAUCUGCGCCAGUGGCGCUCUUUAAGCGUCAACCAAACUAAGUACCUUCUGCAAGUAAUGCCGCCUGCUGAUAUUCUACCAGAAUCUAUAAGGGCCAUUGUCACGAAACAAGAUAUAACAAAUGCUGCAAUUAUUUUUGAUGAACACUUCGUUAUGGAUCAUAAAUACAAAUCCCUCCUACAAAACAUUCCGACACGGCACGUGAUAACACCGGUCAAAAGCUUUAGUAAAGACGAAAUUAAAACUCAACUGCGUAGUCUGCGAGAGCUGGACAUUGUCAACUUUUUUAUAAUUGGCAGUUUGAGAACCAUAAAGAACGUUCUAGACUCCGCCGAUGAGAAUCAGUAUUUCGGAAGGAAAACCGCGUGGUUCGCUUUAUCGUUAGACAAAGGAGACGUAAGUUGCGGAUGUAAGGAUGCUACAAUAGUUUAUUUGAGACCGACGCCAGAUGCAAAGAGCAAGGAUCGUUUGGGAAAAAUUAAAACAACGUACAGUAUGAACGGCGAGCCUGAGAUCACAUCGGCCUUCUACUUCGACCUGUCUCUCCGAUCAUUUUUAGCCAUCAAAUCACUGCUGGAUUCUGGCAGUUGGCCAAAUGACAUGCAAUAUAUAACUUGUGAAGAUUACAACGGUAAGAAUACUCCAAGCAGGACCUUGGACCUCAAAACUGCAUUUCAAGAGAUUAAAGAAACUCCAACCUACGCCCCCUUUUACAUACCCGAAGAUGAUUCAAUGAAUGGAAGAAGUUACAUGGAGUUUAGUGCUGAUUUGUCUGCUGUUACUGUUAAGGACGGUGCUUCGAUUGGAAGCCGUUCCUUGGGUUCCUGGAAAGCUGGCCUUUCUAAUCCCCUAACUCUUACCGACGCUGAUAACAUGAGUGACUAUUCAGCGCAAGUCGUAUAUAGGAUUGUUACCGUAGAGCAACAUCCGUUCAUCAUAAGAGACGAUACGGCACCGAAAGGCUUUAAAGGUUACUGCAUUGACCUUAUAGAAGAAAUAAGGAAAAUCGUUAAAUUCGAUUAUGAAAUAACCCUAUCGCCUGAUGGCAAUUUCGGAACCAUGGACGAGAAUGGUAAUUGGAACGGAAUAAUAAAAGAGUUAAUGGAGAAAAGGGCAGAUAUAGGUCUCACUUCACUAUCAGUGAUGGCCGAGAGAGAGAACGUCAUCGAUUUCACCGUACCGUAUUACGAUUUAGUUGGCAUAACAAUCAUGAUGAGUUUGCCGAAGACUCCGACGUCACUUUUUAAAUUUUUAACGGUGUUAGAGAACGAUGUGUGGCUUUCGAUCAUGGGAGCUUAUUUUUUUACUAGUUUCCUAAUGUGGGCCUUCGACAAAUGGAGUCCGUACAGUUACCAGAAUAACCGGGAGAAGUAUAAAGAUGACGAGGAGAAGAGAGAAUUCACACUGAAGGAGUGCCUUUGGUUUUGUAUGACGUCACUCACGCCGCAGGGUGGCGGUGAAGCCCCGAAAAACCUCUCUGGAAGGUUACUAGCGGCAACUUGGUGGUUAUUUGGUUUCAUCAUCAUAGCUUCCUACACUGCGAAUUUGGCUGCUUUCCUGACCGUCUCUCGGCUGGAUACUCCCAUAGAGUCCCUGGACGACCUCUCCAAACAGUACAAGAUACAAUAUGCACCAGUGAAUGGUUCUUCUGCUAUGUCAUACUUCGAGCGAAUGGCAAAUAUAGAAGGGAGGUUUUAUGAAAUAUGGAAAGCGAUGAGCUUAAACGACAGUCUUAGUGAGGUAGAACGAGCAAAACUAGCUGUCUGGGAAUACCCGGUCAGCGACAAGUACAGCAAAAUGUGGCAAGCCAUGAAGGAGGCGGGUCUCCCCAACUCAAUAGAAGAGGCGAUACAAAGAGUGAGGGAUUCGAGGACUUCGAGCGAUGGCUUCGCUUGGCUCGGCGAUGCGACGGAUGUGAGGUACCAAGUGCUGACCAGCUGUGACCUGCAAAUGGUGGGUGACGAGUUCUCGAGGAAGCCGUACGCCAUAGCGGUACAACAAGGUUCCCCGCUAAAGGAUCAGUUUAAUAACGCGAUCCUCCAACUCUUAAACAAACGCGAGCUGGAGAAAUUGAAGGAGAACUGGUGGAACAAAAAUCCUAACGCGAAGAGAUGCGAUAAGCAGGACGAUCAAUCCGACGGUAUCUCCAUACAGAACAUAGGCGGGGUGUUUAUCGUCAUAUUCAUGGGCAUCGGGCUGGCUUGCAUCACGUUGGGUGUCGAGUACUGGUGGUACAAAUGGCGGAAACGUUCAACUAUUGGAGAAGUUACACGGGUGGAGCCAGCGAAAGUAGUAAGAAACGUCGCGGACCCAGCCGAUAGACCUGAAUAUUCUUUUAGAUCUAGAAACCAAGGAAUGACUAAUUUGAAGCGAAAGUUUUAA